AUGCGGCUUGAUUGUUCUCUUGACUAUCUUUUUCCUGUGUUCUUUAUACAGACACUGGUCCCUCAGGUUGAACACGCAUUUGUGGAUCCAAAGAAAUCUGAUCUGCCUGGAUACGCAAUUUUAAAUACUUCAAAAGGCACUAUAAUAGUGGAACUUUUCAAGGAUGUUUCUUUUGAAGUUAUUGACAAGUUCAUUGACUUAUGUGAAAAGGGGCACUUCAAGGGGAUGCAUUUUCGUCAUGUGAUAAAGCAUUAUGUGAUUCAAGCAGGCAAUGUUGAUAGCCUUGGGGCUGCGGAAGACUGGACUUUGAAGGGGAAACGUUAUAGUCAACUUGAUACAAGGGUCAUCAAAGGAGAAGAUGUCGCUCAGGAAAUUGAAGAAGUGGAUACAGAUGAAUAUUUUCAACCCAAAUCUCAUAUAGGGAUCAUCAAUGUGACUCUAAAACAGAAAAUCUGA